AUGGCGUCUAUUUCCGCGCUCCUAAAUCCCGCAGCACGGCUCAGCAGCAGUGGGACUCAUUCAAGGCUUCUCACGGCGACUGCGCCCCCACGGCACGUCGUCUCCGUGGCAUGGCCUCUUCGGCAGCGAUCUCUCUCCAACGCGGCGGCUUCGGUGGUUAAUUCCGCGUCUAACCGAUUCAGAAUCAGUGGAAUCCGCUGCAGCUUGAUUCGCGAUGGCGGAAACAGGGCUGCCGCGUCGACUGUCUCGAUGACAGACGCUGCUGCAUCUCACACACUUGCUGCCGCACCAGUCUCCAAUGCUGAAAUUGGGUCUCUAUCCCCACUCGUGGCGACGGUGGCGAAACUUGUGGCUGCCGCGAGUGUGGUUACAAUGUUCGUCGUCAUCGGUGUUGGUAGUACUCCCCUCGCUGCCUGCGCUGCCACAGAGGCGCCGGGAGUGGAAUACGAGCAACUUCCAUCCAACCCCGCUGCCAGGGCUUUGAACGAACUUUCCGAUUCUGCCCAACGCGCCGGGCAGAAGGUGAAAGAACGGGCGGAAGAGGCAGGACAGUCAUUGGAGAGUCGAGCGAAGAAAUCAGGAGAGGCCCUGUCUGAAAAGGUGGAGGAGACGCGUGAGGGAGUCGCGGAUCGGGCCAAAGAAACGGUCAAGUCAGCAGGCGAGCAGGCGGAGGAGCUGCGGAGGGCGGCAGGCAGGCGCGCGGAGGAUUUGAAGGACGCUGCUGGAAGGCGCGCGGAGGAACUCGGGGAGACUGCAAGCAAGCGCGCGGAGGAUUUGCGUGAGGCGGCUGGCAGGCACGCGGAGGAGCUCGGGGGGGCGGUGACGGAGCAGGCGGAAGGUGCUGUGGAAAAAACGCGGCAAGGACUGGGCGCAGUGGAAAGGAAAGCCGAGGAGGCGUUAGAAUCCGCGCGGAAGACCGCUGAAAGCGCUGCUGAAAAGGCAGAGGAAGGGCUUGGAGCGGCAGGGCGGAAGGCGGAAGGGAUUCUUGGGGAGGCGCGCGGGAGGGCGGAAGGGCAGGGGCGGAAAGGGGUUUCCGCUGCGCAGGAAGGCGCGGAGUCAGCUGGCGGAUACGUGAAGGAAGGUAUUGAGCAGGUGAAGGAGGGGGCGCGGGAGAGGGCGAGGGGGUUGCAGCAAGCGAGGCAGGAGGCUGGGAAGACAGAGAGGGUCAAAGGGAGAGUGGAGGAGGGGGUAGAGGGAGCGAUGGGGAGGGCUGAGAGGGGCGUGGAUGAGGCGCGGAAGGGGAUGGCGGAAUCUGCUGAGCGUGCAGGGGAGAGGGUGAGGGAGGGCGGGGAGAGGGUGAAGGAGAGUGGGGAGAGGGUGAAGGAGAGUGGAGAGGCGGCAGGGCGUGGGAUUCUGGAUUCUCUCAAAGAGGGACUGCAGAAUUUGAGAGGUGGCUGA